GAGUCGCGGGGCCGGGGCUGGAGCGGAGCUGUCUGCCCCUACCAGUCCGAGUCGCCGCCGCGCCGCCCAGGGGCAGAGGCACUGAGUGAGACGGGGCGCGGAGGGAGGAGCCGCCGCCGCUGCGGCUCCGCCGAUUCGUCACCCUCCUGGGCUUCAUGGACCUGUCGCCGAUCCGUGCCCAGGGUGUUGCGGGGGAAGCGGCCCGCCCCGGCGCGCCCUCCCUACCCUGACCGACGGGGCGGGGGAAUGGGCCGGCAGCAGCCGCGCUGAGAAGCGGCCGCCUGCCCUGCCCGGCCCGCUGACCGAGGCUCCGAGCCGCUUCCGGGCCCCGCGGGCCGCGCCGACUCGCCCCGGCCUGCCCGCAGCGCGGCCUCCCCGCGCGGUUCCUCGGUCCUGGCCCGAGCCCGGGCCUCGUCCCCUUCCCAAGCCCCCCACCCGAGCAUGGCCGGCCGCUGGAGGGGGGCCGGGCGGCCUGGCCUGGUCCUCCUAUACGUGCUGCACUGGUGCCUGUGCGCGGCCGGGGCGGACAUCGCGAGCCAGGAGUACUACACGGCGCUCAUCAACGUGACCGUGCACGAGCCGGGCCGGGGCGGCCCCUGGACCUUCCGCAUCGACCGCGGCCGCUACGGCCUCGACUCCCCUAAGGUGGAGGUCAGGGGCCAGGUCUUGGCUCCCCUGCCGCUGCAUGGAGUUGCAGAUCAUCUGGGCUGUGAUCCCCAAACACGGUUCCAUGUCCCACCUGACAUCAAACAAUGGAUUGCUUUGCUGCAAAGAGGAAACUGUACAUUUAAAGAGAAAAUAUCCCGGGCAGCUUUCCACAAUGCUGUUGCUGUAGUCAUCUAUAACAAUAAAUCUAAUGAAGAGACAGUCACUAUGACUCACCAAGGAACUGGAGAUAUCGUUGCUGUGAUGAUUACAGAAUUGAGGGGUAAGGACAUUUUGAGUUAUCUGGAGAAGAACAUCUCUGUACAAAUGACAAUAGCUGUUGGGACUCGUAUACCAGCAAAGAACUUCAGCCGUGGUUCUCUAGUCUUCGUGUCAAUAUCCUUUAUUGUUUUGAUGAUUAUUUCUUCAGCAUGGCUGAUAUUUUACUUCAUACAGAAGAUUAGGUACACAAAUGCCCGGGACAGGAACCAGCGUCGCCUUGGAGAUGCAGCCAAGAAAGCCAUCAGCAAAUUGACAACAAGAACAGUAAAGAAGGGUGAUAAGGAAACAGAUCCAGACUUUGAUCACUGUGCUGUGUGCAUAGAGAGCUACAAGCAAAAUGAUAUCGUCCGAAUUCUGCCCUGCAAGCAUGUUUUUCACAAAUCCUGUGUGGAUCCCUGGCUUAGUGAACAUUGUACUUGUCCUAUGUGCAAACUGAACAUUUUGAAGGCUUUGGGAAUUAUGCCAAAUUUGCCAUGUACUGAUAAUGUAGCUUUUGACAUGGAAAGGCUUACCAGAAGCCAAGCUGCUAAUCGAAGAUCAGCACUUGGUGACCUUGCCAGUGACAGCUCCCUUGGCCUUGAGCCACUUCGCACUUCUGGGAUGUCUCAACUUCCUCAGGAUGGGGAGCUCACUCCUCGAACAGGAGAAAUCAACAUUGCAGUAACAAAAGAAUGGUUUAUUAUUGCCAGUUUUGGCCUCCUCAGUGCCUUCACUCUCUGCUACAUGAUCAUCAGAGCCACAGCUAGCUUGAAAGCUAAUGAGUGGGCACUUCUUUCAUCGGAACUCUUUGUCCCCUCGAAGCCUGGUUUACGAGAGCGAAUUCUCCAUGAUUGAGCCUUCCUUGGACAUGUACGAUGACAACAAAACCUGAAGAAACCUUGAUGUUUGGGGUCACUCUUUUGUUGGUUUCUGAUCAUUCUUCUUUUGUAUUCUUCUGUUGGUGUCUUGUCCUGGAGGAGGAGCUGCUGCAUUUCCCUCAUGGGGGUUGGGUUUCCAGGCUAAGAUCCAAAGUUCCCCCAAGAUGGGAGUACCCUGCAACAAUGCACCAUCGCACAUUGCCCUUCUAAGGCUGUCCAAUCUCACAAGAGUAGUGAGCUACAUCUGGAUACAAGAGGCUUAGCCCUGGCUCCCCAGGGUUCAUUGUGUACUGAAGAUGUCUUUUUUUUUUUAAUAAGCAUGUACUGCUCUGUGUGAGUGGAGUUUGCCUUUCUAAUAGUCCUUGUGAUCAAAUUCCAUUGUGUUCCCAAGUCUACCAGGUGAUGUUUUUUGGUUUGUUUUCUUUCCAGUUAAGAGGAUCAUGAGCUGCUGCCUAGAUCUCUCUCCAUUCUCUCUCUUUCAAUGACGAACCCUCUUUCUGAAAGGAUUGGGGAAAGGGCAUGUACCUUUGUCCUUGACACAUGACUGGGCAGCUGUGCUCCUGCAAAGUAGCCUAUCCUUAGAGCCAGGAUGGGUGGUGGCAGUGGGUGCCAGCAAUGAAGAAUAGAGUCAUCCACGUGUUUAUUUUCCAACUUCCAUUUUUGAGCAUGAAGUCACUUUUACAGUCACUGGAAUGUCACUCCAGCUGUGCCUGCCAGCCCACAUUCUAAGGGAGAUGGGGCAAACAUCCCUGUUCUUUUUUGGUUGGUUCCUAAGUACUCAGAUCUCACACAGGAUGAGCGAUGGUUAGCUGAUUCUUUUCACUGUGGAGUUAAACCAUCCCAUUCUCUUGUAUGACACCAAAUGAAUACCACUCCCUGGUCUGGUUUGGUAUAACAACAGUCUCCCUCCUGCCAGUCCUGAUAAUGAAAAUGAAGACAGCAAAGGAGGAUGAACAGGGAAACUUACAUAUAGACAUACAGAAAGGAGGCAUCUUGUAUUUUUGUCCAGCAAGAGAAAAAGGAAAUGCUUUUUAAAGCAAAAACAAUAAGGUUAGAGGCAAGAAAGAUGAGUAUGUGUGUAUUUGACACAUAACUGCCAGCGUCCUUUGAUGAGUGAAUCAACCCAACAUAUCUAUGCACCUUUUGCUAUAAUUGUUUAAUCUGCUUCUUCAUUUUAAUCAGAGUUACUGUAUGGGAAGUUACAAAUGCUUUUGUAUCAUUAUGUGAAUGAAAAUUUGAAUCUAUAUACAUCUUGACUUAGUUCUAACAAGGAACCCAAAGAAAGGACUCCUCUGCCUGAGAUACUUUUAUGGAAUCUGUAGAGCAUAAAUUGAAGAGGGGUACUUGCUGUUUUUCCAUAUGCAACCAGUCAUUUUUAGCAUGUGUCCUACUCUAUAUAAUGUGUUGAGGCUGUGACUUAAACACAAAUGAAACCCUUGGUUUAAGCCAAAACCCUUGGUGAAGUGAAGUGAUACUCUGUAGUAGAAGAGCCUUCCCUGACCUAAUUCCACAAUCUCCUCUCAACAGUUUCAGGCUGGAGCAGGGCAGACUUUUAAGGAAUUAACAGCUUCAUUUUUUUACCUUUACUGAGCUAGAUGUGGUCUGAUUGUUUUUUGUUUGUUUUUUGCUUUUUAUUGUGGUCCUUAUACUGUAGAAAUAUUUUUGUAAACAAAAUACAGUUUUGGUGAGAGAAGCUUGACCUUGUGGGCGAGCAGUUUCAGAGCAAAGUCAACAACAGUCAAAGUUCAGUUAUAGGGAGGGAGUGAGGGAGACCAGCAUCCAGUUUCACUUCUGCUGGGCGGGGAAGACAGCUGUUCAUUCAGUUUCUCAGUAAUUGUUAGCUAUGCAGUACCUAGAGAGCUCUUUCAGGAGAGCUAUUUAGACUAACCUCUAAUUUCAAACUGAGCCUCAGUUUUGUGAAAAUGGUGGCCAUCUUUCUGUGCAGACACAUUUCUGUGCAGAAUACCGAAUUCUUCACUGGAGAGAUGGACCUGAAAAAGUCAACAGUGAAGACAUGUAACUAAAGGGUGUCAUUCCUGAAUUCAAGCGGUUCCUUGGCCAAAGGAAUUCUUGCCCAGGGAAAACUCAAUUACCAUUCACACCACUGGACUGGAUGCUUCAUCACCACUCCCUAUGGAACAGAUUCCUCUGAGCAGAGGAGAGCUGGGCAUGGUUUCCUCUCCAGGAGUUGGAUUUGCCCAUCUGGGAUUCUUCUCUGGUUCUGCAGUGUUACCAAAUUGGCUCUUGUAUCACCAGCAGAGUGGCUAUCAACAGAAAAUAUGUCCAUCUUAUUUAAGAAUUUCCUUCAAGAAAAUUAGUUGUGCUUGGAGAAAGGAAGGGAACCCAAAUGAGGGUGGUGGAGGGGAAGCUAUUUAAGAAACAGACUAACUUCAGUAAUCCCUCAUUUUUUAUCCACAUUCUUACUGUCCUCAUUCUGGACCCCAUUUUCCCAGUGACAGUCAGGAUCAGCCUAUCCAAGUGUGUCUCAUCAUCAGAUGGUUGGCCACCAGACAAGGAUUAUUUUUUAGCCUCAGCCAUCCACAAAGACCCUCUCUGUUAAUAUGUUAAAGAGGUUUCAGACUACAUUGGUAGAGAGGGAUGGGUUACCCAAACUGAUGAAAUUGCCACUCCCUUAAGAAUUGAAGUAUUCUGAACUGCAGUAUCCCCUGAGCCAGGGAUAACUACAAAGCUGCUUCCUCCAAUGGCAUUCAGUGGCUCCAGUACUAUAGCCCCAUGGGCAUAAAAUAUGGGGAUUAAGCCAUGCAACAGGUGCUUAUCAGGGGAGCCAGUAAAUGAGUUGCUGGGUCUCAGUAGCUUCCUGAGGAAGAAGCUACCUUGGAGCCCUUUCUGAUGCCCUUUCUCCGCUUCUGUACCACCUGGUACAGCCCUUGGGUAUCUUGAAGAGUUACAGAGGGAUUCUACAGCUGAAUCAAGAAAUUGGCUAAUGGGAUAGACAUACCAUUGACAAAGGAAGUAUGUUUCUUGACAGCAAACAUAUUCCGUUUUGCAAAUCCUAGGGCUGCCUGCUAUAUUUAUAAGGCCCCCCAGUGAUGUUAGUGGAGUUAGCUUUUUCCUCCAGAACUAGAAAGUUCAUUCCCUCAGAAACUUCAUAAGAGAGAAACAAGCUACUGUUGCUUUAAUUAUGUUACCCACAAAAUGCAAUCAUCUGAUUAUGUGCGUGGGGUUAUCAACCAAAUGCAUUGACAAGUAUGACUCUUUUGAAGGGAAGAAUUGGCUGUUUUCAAUUAGCUAUUUCCCGUCUGCUUUAUAAGAAUUUAAUUUUGUCCUAUUUGUAUGGUCUUCUUACAUCUGAGGUAUUUCAUUGAGUGUAAUCAGUAUUUAUUGGUGGUGGUACAUGAAUCUUACUGCUAGACAUCUCUGAUCUUGUCUAGGCAGCUACUUCUAAUGCAGAGAAGCAGGGAGGUUCCAUGGUCCGGGGGGACAUAUUCGGUAGAAGGGCCUUGCUGUUUUCCCUCAGCCUUCUAUUGAUUCCAAGCCUGGAUCAUUUACAGUUGCCUACGGUGACUGUAUUUGAUUUGGACCAAUUUGCAAGUCCAGGCCCAUUCUUAGUGCAUCAGGAAAUCUAGUGAUUUACUUAGUCUUGGGAGUGCCACUGGCAUUCUUCGUCACUGACUUAACUUCCUUUCUUCCUAGGCCACGAGGAAAGCAAAUAAAUUCAAAACAGGUAAAGACAGGGAUCCCAUCUCCUCCAAAAUGAUACAAAAAUCAAGCCGUUCCAUUAUAUGCUUAUAGAUGUUAAGCCGUGACCCAAACAUAGAAAUAAUUCCUGUUCUAUAGUACUUUAAAGUUUAUAAAGCACUUUCCACACUGCAAUCCUGUAAGAUAAGUAGUUUCAAGUGUGAUUAUCCCAUUGUCUAGAUGACGAAACAAUCUCAGAAGUCCAGUGAUUUGCCUAGGGUCACAGAGCUAGAGAAUGUUUGAGCCUAGGCAUAAACACGGGCUCCUGACCCUAAUAAUAGGUUCUUUCCAGCACAACAGACUAACUCUGGUCCCCAUGAGCUGCUUGCAUAUAUUUCUGUUUCUUCCCCAAAGUGCAGCAUGCCUGGUGUUGGGGGAAAAGUCCUGAACUUGGAGUUAGAAGUACAAAAUCCAAGCUCUACUGCUUAGUAUCUGCAUGACAUUAGGCAACCGCUUAACCUCUCUGAGCUUCUUGGUCCUCCUUUAUAAAAAUGCUAACAAGAAUCUCCCUAUUGUCUAUUUUAGAAAAAAAAUAUAAUGCAGACAUAGACCAGUAGAUGUGCUUACUAUCUCUGCCGGAAUUCUCCAAGGCAACCUCUGUUAGGGAGAGAAAUCUAAGCCUUUGAAAUGGUAGCAUCCUUCCCUAGAAAUCUAGUGACAGUAUUUGAAGCCGGCCAGAUAGUAUUAAGAUUUGUGAAUGAUUGAACUCAAAGCCCACUCAGUCCUCAGAGAAAACACACUUUCUAACACAUAUUCUAAUAAGUAAUGGGUGAUGUUUUAAAGAUUACAAAAGGUACAUAUGCAUAUAUGUGUACAUGCAUACGUGUAUGUGUAUGCCAUUUAAAACCCAUAGUCUAUGAGGUAGUUACUACAAAUAUUACUAUCCCCAUUUUACAGAUGAGGAAACUGAGGCUAAAAGCGGUUAAGUGACUUGUCCAUGAUCUCACAGCUCGUAAAUGCCAGAGUUCUUCCUCAGAGAAGGUUAGCUUUAAUUCAAAAAAGACAAAGGCCUUCCACUUUCUGAUGAUGUGGACAUUGACUGCCUUGAGAGUGAAGUUUUUCCCCUUCAUUUCUACUGACCUAUUUACUCAGUAUCUUAAAAUCACCUAGCUCUUGAACAGGUCAGGUACACCUCCAUGAGAAAGUCUGUGGAAGAGAAGCUGGAAAGUGCUUGUUAGACCAUAAACAUUCCUGUGAUGUUCAGUGAUUGCAUAGCGUACUGCAAAUAGUAAAUGCUUAAUGAAUGCUUGUUGAAUGUUGAGUAAUAUGAGUGAGGUUAGGACCAAUUUCCUAGAUAACAAGUAAUAAUAAAUCACAUGAUGACAGUGCUUUUAAGCUUUCAAAGCACUUUUCUCCUCAAAGUGAAGUACUUAGAAGCAUUGUUAUCCACAGGGGGAGGGGAAAAAAAGUGAUUUGGCCAAGGCCAGAUGGCAGUGAGUGUCAGACCUGGGAUUUGAACCAAUAUCCCCUGACCCCAAGUCCAGGGUGCUCUCCACUACACAUACUGCCUCUCCAGGGAACUGAAAAGGUUACACUGGGCAUUGUGGGCAAAAUGACAAUAGAAUAAAGACCAAAACAAAAUGAGGUGGGGGGAGAGAAAGGGAAGAUCUAUAUCUGCAUUCGUGGAAUGGAAUUUUCCUGAUUUGUGAAGCAGCAAAAAGGAGAGAGGAAAGUGAAAUCCACCAAAUUCUCAAGAGUCUGUGCAUGGAUAUGUAGCUUACUCAGUAAUCUUAGGUUCUGUCCUCGUGUCUUUGCCAUUGACUUGCCAUGUGGCAUGUCACUUAACUUCUUUGGCCUUACUACAUCCCCCCCAUGUGAGGUCAGCCAUCCUUGCAUUAGGAAGAGGUUGAUGAGAUGCUCUGGAAAAGGGGAGGUAGAAAGACAAGUCAAUUCAAGAAAGCCAUCUUUCUGUAGUCUGACCUAGACACUUUCCUUUGGGGAAUCAUAUUUUCCUGAGGUGGCAAUAAAUCUUUGGCAUGGCACCCUCUGCAAAUCCCCACGUUUCCCAAGAGGUUCAGAAAGGAGCACCAUUUUCCUUCAGGUGCCUCCUGGUAGUUUCAGGCACCUACAGUGGCAUCUAGUUCUCCAGGAGAGAAAACCAGCUGGUUCUGGCAGCAGGUCUUUUGCUGACCGUGUGCCACAACUAAAUCAAGCAGUUUCUACAUGGAGCUUCCACCAGUCUCUGCUGUUGGCAGUGUAUACUGUCCCCAGACACUGAGUGCCCCUUCCUGCCUUUCCCCUUUGGAACACCAGCCCUCAUUCUGUGAUCUGGGACUGAGGGAAAGUAUUUCUUUUCAUCUGAUAAGCCUUCACAACGUUGAACAGUAUUGCGCUGAUUCUCAUUCCAAGUCAUUACUAAUCUGAUUUGUGAAUACAUCCUGUAUGGCUCAGGUCCUCAUGUUUCUCUGCACCCAACAUAGGGAUGAGUUAAAAGCAUGAAUACAUGAAUCUCUGAGAAAAACCAAAGGUCUCUUCCUCAGACCGAGAGUAGCACGAGGGGCAGAUUCUCCUCUGCUUUUGUACAAAUGAGCUAUGAGGAAUUUUUUGUGGGGGCUUUGCUUUCAUAAUCAAUCCCCCCACACACACACCCUUUUCAUUCUGUAUCCAGGGAUGAUAUUAGGGAACGUUUAAAACAGGGCCAGGACCUUUGUAGAGAGAGAGGGGAAAAAAAGCUUCCAUUUGACCAGAAUUCUCCAGACCACAAUUUCCUUAUGGACAUGGCUUGCUGUGCUCUCAGAUCAGAAUGCUGGCGCAGUACAAGCUGACACAGUCCUGAUCAAUGCACCGCUUUGCUUGCUAGGCAAGAGUGUGUGUGUCAGGAAAGGAAGGAUCAAUGACCUUGGUGGGACUUAAUUAGCUUUGUCUCAAGCUCAGCAAGGCCAUUCACCAGCUCCUAAAGACUUUUAUGAUCAUCUUUUCUAAACCCCAGCUUUCUUUCUAAAUCAGCUGCUUGGGAGCCAGAGACAGUUUUAGUGAAUUCUCAAGAGCUAUUUUUACAUAAUUAACAGGAUGCAAGAGCUCUUUCUGCUUUCCCUGCUUUCUGCACUGGCCACCUCCUUCCUCUGACUUUCAUUUAGGCCUGGAGGAAGUCAGCAUGCGCCGCACCAGGACGUUACCAGUGGCUGAACAAUUUGGCCCAGGAGACACCACAGACGUGCCACCAAGUAGACUCCCAAAUGGCAGAAUCCUUUCUUUCUACUAAGCAAGCAUCCUUUUAUAGCCUAGACACAAGCAAAUACUACACACUCAAGAUUGAUGCACCAUCGUGAUCCAGUGCCUAGCUCUGCCUUUGGUGCGGGGUAGAUGAGGCUGAAGGGCUAUGUUGUGGGCUGUUGGGCUAGAAAGAGUAGGUAAGAGCGAGCUUCCAUCUGGCCACCUACCACUGGCAAGUUUUGGCGGUAGCUUCAACUCUAGCUUCUAAGAUGUUCUUUAGGGGAAGGAACCUGAUUUUCAGGGAAUGGGGCUACCCUGCACGAAUUUUGGUUAGUUUGAGUCUCAGAACAUUACCUUAGGUGUAGAGUGGUCACGGCUCCAGCUAAGGCGGGGUGGGUAGAGACGGAGGCAGAGAGAGACAGAAUAGGGGGGGGAAAAUGAUGCCACAAAGAAAAUAUUAGUGAUGUAAAAAGGUGGAAAGAGCUACUGCCCAAAGUAGAAAAAAAAAUUCCCACUGACAACUUUGGAAAUGGUAACCACAAGUUCAUUGGGAUGAGCUCACAUCUGAAGUGCCCCAAUGUCAUGCCAUGAUGAACCCCCGGCCAUCAGGAUGCAUGUGAGAUAUUAAAUCCACCUACUGGGGGCUUUGGGUCAGAAAAGACCUGCUGCCCUAGGUCACCGAUAACUAUGCACAAAGUCUAAGAGGGUGAGAGACAAAAAUAUUUUUCUACAAUAGCACAGGAAACUCUUAGGAGGCAGACAGGAGUCUUUCUGAUAAUCUUCAACAUGGAAAGCAGCCUGUUGACUUUGUCCUAAGAGAUGAGAAUCAAGAUUCUAUGCAUUUGAAGCCGUAUUUACUCCAGAAUAGGUGAAGACAGGAAUAAUGGGCAUCCUAGACUAAAUAUGUCAGGUUGAUAACUGGAUAAAACAAGAAGGGCAUUGCCUUAUAUUGAGAUGGCACCUGCAAGAAAGUUGUGGGAGCCCUCGGGAAACGCAGCUUGACAGCAGCAAAACUCGGUGCACAUGUUUUGAUGUCAGUAUACAGUAGUGACAUUCUGUGGUAUAUGCUGACAGGUGUAUACCUGUGGGUUUGGGUUUGCUAAUGUAAUACAUUUCAAUAAAAACCUACCGAAAACCUA